UGUGCUCGGACUGAUAUGAGGCGACACGUGGGUCACAACGUGGAUCUGACUGGACUCAGGAGAACAUCCAUGAUGUUGCUGAGUCUCGUCACCUUGGCAACUGUCCUCCGCACUGUUUCCUCGCAGCAUGUCCCUAUCAAUGUACCGCACUUCCGGGUGCACGUCGACCCGGAAGUGUAUAUGGAUGCCACGGAGCUGAUCACUAGCAAGGGCUUCCCGUGUGAGAACCAUUACGUCACGACAGAGGACGGCUUCAUCCUCAACAUGCAGCGAAUCCCCCACGGCAGGGGGAACGACACCCUGGGGACAGCCAAGCGUGUUGUGAUGCUACAACAUGGUCUUCUGGGUAGCUCACCUAACUUUCUGGUGAAUCUCGCCAACGAGAGCCUCGCUUUCAUCCUGGCCGACGCAGGCGCUGACGUGUGGCUUGGCAACGCUCGGGGAAACACUUACUCACGUGCUCACAAGACGCUGAAACCAUCGGACAACAAGUUUUGGGAAUGGAGUUAUGACGAGAUGGCGAAGUACGACCUGCCCGCCAUGAUUGACUACAUCGUACGGACGACCGGGCAGCCCCAGAUCCACUAUGUCGGUCACUCUCAGGGGACACUUAUCGGCUUCGCGGGCUUCAGUCAGAACAAGACUCUGGGUCGGCUGGUCAAGACCUUCAUCGCUCUGGCCCCAGUAGCGACAGUCGGACACAUCAAGAGCCCCAUCAGACUCUUGGCACCGUUCUCCAAGGAGCUUAAGCGAGCGUUUGCGUUGUUUGGCCAUGGAGAGCUGCUGCCGAGUAAGAAUACCACCAAAUGGCUGGCGAGGACCGUGUGUAAUGACGCGUCUGUCCUCUGCGAGAGUCUGUUCUUUGUUCUGAACGGCUUCGACUACCGCUCACUCAAUUCCUCUCGAGUUCCCGUCUACAUGGCGCACACCCCGGCGGGCACCUCCACUCAGAACAUCAUACACUUCGGACAGGGUGUCAACUCCGACAAGUUCCUGAUGUUCGACUUCGGGUCUGCGGCGGCCAACACGGCCCACUACGGACAGGCCACGCCUCCUAACUACCGCCCGGAUGAGAUGGACGUGCCCGUGGUGUUGUUCAGCGGGGGCAAAGACUUCCUGGCAGACCCGGAAGAUGUCACGUGGAUCCGGUCUCAGCUGAAGAACAUUGUGGGAGAUCACGUGAUCCCUCACUGGGAACAUUUGGACUUCAUUUUGGCUCUGGAAGCCCCGGUUCUCUGUUAUGAUGAAAUCAAACGGAUUGUUUUUAGUUGAUCAAACCACAUCUGAGACCAAUAAAAAACGAAGUCACUGUA